AUGUUAGCCAACAAAGCGUGUGAGACUCUGUUUUCUGUAUUUCCUGAUAGCUGCGACGACGACGACGACAACGACGAUAGUGGUGGUGGCAGUGAUGGUGGUGGUGCUGAUGGUGUUGGUGGUGGUGGCGGCGGCGGCGGCGGCGGCGGCGGCGGCGGUGGUGGUGGUGGUGGUAAUAACAAUGAAAGCGGACGGUGCUCGGAGAUCACCAAGAAUCACUACAAGGUAAAGCUGGGCACUACAGUUUUCCCCAAUAUCAAGGAUUCAAGGAUGGAGUCUUAA